AUGCUCUCCACCUCCCUCUCACUCACGCUCCUCGCUCUCGCCUCAGUCGUGUCAGCCGACCGCACUUUCACGGUCAAGAACAACGCCCUCUUCACCUCCGCCGGUACGGCUCCCUCCCAUGCGACAGGCUGGGAAGCGAAGAAGGGUACGAAAGUCGCUUUCAAAGUCGCGGAGGAUUGGAAUGGCAGGAUCUGGGCUCGCACGGGCUGCAAGUUCGAUGGCUCGACUCUUCCUUCGACCUGCGUCACGGGCGGCUGCAACGGCGGCCUUGAAUGCGCGCGCGUCGGCGGCACCGGCGUCCCACCCGCCACCCUCGGCGAAUGGAACCUCGCCUCGCCCGACCAAGACUGGUACGACGUCUCGGCUGUGGAUGGGACGAACGUUCCUAUGAGUAUCGCGAACGACGCCGGUUGCGCUCAGCCGAGUUGUAUGAAGGACAUUAACGAGGUUUGCCCCACUGAGCUCUCGGUCUACGACUCGACCCACUCCACCGUCCUCGGCUGCCUCACCUCAUGCCAAUCGCGCGCUCUCACUCCCGUCCCCUCAAACUCGGCCAACUGCUGCUCCGGGGCAUUCGACACGCCCGCCACGUGUCCCAAGGAGAACGUCCAGUACUACGAGGUGUUCAAGAGUAACUGUCCUGAUGCUUAUGCGUAUGCUUACGACGAAUCGAGCGGGUCGGCGCUCUGGACUUGCCCGAAGGCGAAGAAGGCCAACUACACCCUUACGUUCUGUAUGUACCCGCUCUCUUCCCACUUCGAUGAACGGCGCUAA